AAGUCCAUUCGGCUCAUUACCGCCGCCAUCAGUACACGAUGAUCAUUGCAUGUUUUUUGGACACGUUGUACCAAAUGGCCAAAGUGUAGCUACAUAAUAUCCCAGUAGGUGGCGGUAAUAACAACAAAUGUACCUUGGUCUGGUGUAAACGUUAAAUCUAAAAAGAAGAAGUGAUGAUGAACAAGGAAACAAUUUUACAGGAAGAUAGCUAGCUACUUGGCUGCCUUUUGUUUUUAGCGUAAUAUCGUUAGUAUAAGUCCUCCUUUGGGCGUUUUAGAUUGCUUGAACAGAUUGUGAGUAUCAUGUCUUCAGAUUUGAUAUAGUAUGGGUGUCAGUUCACGUUACUAUUUGUUUGAAGUAAAUCAACUAGGAUUUUAGACUGCUAGCUAGCUUCUGCUGCUAACAGGCCUACGUCGAGGUCUGAGCUUUGUAGCUAGCUAGACUGAAAAUUGUUGGUCAAUUUGUUUUGUUGUUGAGUAAUUUAGCUAAGAGAUUGCCCAUUGUGAAUAGACUUAAACCUAUUUAUUUGACACAUUGUUACCAGUUGACCUACACUAACGUUAUCGGUUUUAGUUAAGUUAGCUGAUAAUUUCACAGACAGAAGGACGCUUUGUCAAAACAAAAGCUGUCUGUCAUUUGAAGACUGACUUAGCAUCGCUAUAAAUCAGGCACUGACUCCUGGUUGACGACCAAGUGUGGAUUGGAUGACAAUGUAUGCACCACCGGGUACCACUGUCCCCGGAAGCCGAAGAAGGAGAGGGGGUACCGCACUGCCCAAGCAGCCAGAGCGAAGCCUGGCAUCUGCCCUCCCCGGAGCACUGUCCAUCACGGCUCUAUGUACGGCCUUGGCCGAACCAGCUUGGGUCCGAGUUCAUGGAGGGACGUGUCCCAAGCAGGAGCUUGGAGUGGCUGAUGUCCUGGGAUACAUUGACCCAAAACUCCUGGAGGAUUAUUGUGUGAACUCCCAGACCAUCUUGCUGCUAAGGGUCAUUGCUGCCUUCUGCUUCCUGGGCAUCCUAUGCAGCCUGAUAGCUUUCCUUUUGGAUGUCUUUGGGCCCAAGCACCCUGCCCUCAAGAUCACCCGCAGAUACGCAUUUGCCCACAUUCUCACAGUGCUGCAGUGUGCCACAGUAAUCGGGUUCUGCUACUGGGCCUCAGAGCUGAUCUUGUCGCUACAGCAGCAGCAUAAGAAGUACCACGGAUCACUCAUCUACGUCACGUUUGCCAUUAGCUUCUACCUGGUGGCAGGGGCUGGCGGAGCCUCCAUUCUGGCCACAGCUGCCAACCUGCUGCGCCACUACCCCACAGAGGAGGAGGAGCAGGCUCUAGAGCUUCUCUCGGAGAUGGAGGAGAGCAGUGAAACAUAUCCUGCCGAUUAUGACAUUGCCAACCAGUUCCAGCCGCCUCCUGCAUACACGCCUUAAUGUAGCCAGCCCGGCCACUUCUUUCUCUUACAUCCAUGCUUCUCUAUGAGCAUGUCUAUUGGCCUUGUCUCAAACACCUACAGAUAUGUGAUCCAAAAACUGUACCCAAUGGAUAUUCUCUGCAAAUACUCUGCUUUCUAUAAUCAACAUCAACACAAAUGGACACACUUAUUUCUUGAUUGUGGGUGCUUGAGUGCAUGAAAGCUUCUUUUUACGGUGGCAGAGAUUCAAUACUUGAUUCGUAUUUUCACCACUGAAGCUUGGCUUUUAGGAAUUUGCAUGUAUAUGGCAUUGAGGACUUGACCCUUACAUGUAAAGCAAGAGAAACGGGUAAUAUAUGGGGCGUUAUUUUAAGAACUGUUGUACGGUUUGGGUCUACACCUGGUUUAUUGAAUGAUCAGAUGUMGCGUGAGACUCAACUUAGUGUUUGACAGUGUUUUAAGUCAUGGCUUGACAAAGGUCAAGUUCGGAAGUUUGGGCUUUCCACAGUGUGGCAGUAGUAUUGGGCAUUGGUUUGAAGUGUUAAAUGACCCGCUUAACAUCAAUCAUUUGAGUGAACUUGGUGACUUGCCUGCCAUGUGAUUAUAAUUGGACAUUUUAUCAGUUAAACCUGAAAGGCACCAAGGUUAAACAUACACUGAAUUUUAGACAUUUAUUUCUCAAUUGAAAUGGACCAUUAUUUAUUAACUCUCCCUGGUGUGGUAACUUUUUUUUWACGUGAAUGCAAGGCACUGUUUUGCAUUUUAUUUAGUCUUAACAGUUGUGCAGUUCUGAACUUGGAAGUCAAUAGGUUUUCCAUAUUAAGUAAGAUUGGUUCGUCACAGUAGUAAAAAAAAGUUAUUUUACAUAAACAUGGCCAGUGAUUGAGGCCCAAAUUGUUAUGAAAGUAAUUCAUGGAAAGCCAUGAGAAAUGUAAAUUUUCUCAUGGUUUUGCAAUGUACGUUAUUCACAUUUUUCUUAUGUUGGACAAAUAGAGGAACAGUAUUUUCUCUUUUUAACAACUGGCAAACAGGGUAGCAUGCCAUUGUAGAUGUAGACUCAUCCUCUGUCCACAAUGCAUUGGUCAUUUCAUAAAUUCAAUCAUUUCACUCAAAUGUAUCCAACUGAAUGACAACUUUUAUUUGUACUUUGUGAUUACUUAACUUGAGUUAUGUGUGUUGUCUGUGCAUGAGUUCUUCCCCCUGAUCCUCAGGAUUGUGAGAAUCUUAUUGGAAUCUUUUGGGAUGGAAUACUUCACACAAGUAAUCUCAAUUUGUGUUAGGAUUCAGCCUUUUUUUCAUGUGAUUAAUAAUCUAGUUGUACAAGUGAUUUGUUGCUCUAUUGUUUAUUUUGAUAUUGUUUCUUUUAUUUUAGCCUUUCUGCUUUAAUUUCAUAAGUGUGUAGAAAUGUUAAGUAAAAUAUUGUGGACAGUUUAUAUAUAAAGCUGGUCAUAUUCUAAAUAAAAAUAAAUGUCCAAUUUUGUUUUAA